AUUCAGGGAUAGAGUUUGUAAAUGCAUUGGUCCUUAGUAACUCUAAUUUCUGUUUACAGCUUUCCUGAGGGGUAAAUGUUAUCUAAGCAAGGAGUAGACUAUGAUACAGGGAUUGUACCCAUAAUCUGGACAGAAUCAUGAGAGGGCGUUCAUCUUAUCUAAUAUACUCCUUUGGGGGACUUUUGUCCCUAUGGAUUCUUGUGGUGUCUUCCACAAACCAAUGCACUGUGAGAUACAACGUAGCUGACUGCAGCCAUUUGAAGCUGACACACAUACCUGAUGACCUUCCCUCUAAUAUAACAGUGUUGAAUCUUACUCACAACCAACUCAGAGGAUUACCACCUGCCAAUUUUACGAGAUACAGCCAACUCGCUGUCUUGGAUGCAGGAUUCAACUCCAUUUCAAAACUGGAGCCAGAACUGUGCCAAAUUCUCCCUUUGUUGAAGGUAUUGAACCUGCAACACAAUGAGCUGUCUCAGAUUUCUGAUCAGACCUUCACCUUCUGCACGAACCUGACAGAGCUCCAUCUAAUGUCCAACUCAAUACGCAAAAUUAAAAGCAACCCUUUCAAAAACCAGAGGAGUCUAAUCAAACUAGAUUUGUCUCGUAAUGGCUUAUCAUCUACAAAGUUGGGAACUGGAGUCCAACUGGAGAACCUCCAAGAGCUGCUCUUAGCUAAAAAUAAAAUUUUUGCACUACGAAGUGAAGAACUUGAUUUUCUUGGCAAUUCUUCCUUACAAAAAUUGGACUUGUCAUCAAAUCCACUUAAAGAGUUUUCUCCAGGGUGUUUCCAUGCGAUUGGCAAGUUAUUCGUCCUCCUCUUGAACAAUGCCCAACUGAACCUCGACCUCACAGAGAAGCUUUGUUGGGAACUUUCAAACACAAGCAUCCAGAAUCUCUCUCUGGCUAACAACCAGCUGUUAGCAACCAGCAACAGCACUUUCUCCGGGCUGGAGCAGACCAACCUCACCUCGCUUGAUCUUUCCUACAACAGCCUCCGCGACGUCGGUAACGAUGCCUUCUCUUGGCUCUCGCACCUGAAGUAUCUGUCCCUCGAGUACAAUAAUAUACAGCGUUUGACCCCUCACUCUUUUCGUGGACUUUCCAACCUGAGGUACCUGAGUUUGAAGCGAGCAUUUACUAAGCAAAGUGUUGCACUUGCUUCUCACCCCAACAUUGACGAUUUUUCCUUUCAGUGGCUAAAAUGUUUGGAACAUCUCAACAUGGACGAUAAUACUAUACUGGGUAUAAAAAGCAAUACUUUCACAGGAUUGGUGAGUCUGAAGUACCUAAGUCUUUCCAAAACUUUCACGGGUUUGCAAACGUUAACAAACGAAACGUUUGUGUCUCUUACUCAUUCUCCUUUGCUCACUCUCAAUUUAACGAAGAAUCACAUCUCGAAGAUAGCAAGUGGUACUUUCUCUUGGUUGGGUCAACUCAGGAUACUUGAUCUUGGCCUUAAUGAAAUUGAGCAAGAACUCACCGGCCAGGAAUGGAGAGGUCUGGGAAAUAUAUUUGAGAUCUACCUGUCCUAUAAUAAAUACCUCCAACUGACUAGCAAGUCCUUCACUUUGGUUCCCAGCCUUCAACGACUGAUGCUCAGGAGGGUGGCCCUUAAAAGUGUGGAUAUCUCCCCUUCACCUUUCCGUCCCCUUUAUAACCUGACUAUUCUGGACUUAAGCAACAACAACAUUGCCAACCUGAAUGAGGACUUGUUGGAGGGUCUUGAGAAUCUAGAAAUUCUGGAUUUUCAGCACAACAACUUAGCAAGACUCUGGAAACACGCAAACCCAGGUGGUCCCGUUAAUUUCCUGAAGGGUCUGUCUCACCUCCACAUCUUGAACUUAGAGUCCAAUGGCUUAGAUGAAAUCCCGGUCAAGGUGUUCAAGAACUUAUUCGAACUCAAGAGCAUCAAUCUAGGACUGAAUAAUUUAAACACGCUUCUACCAUCCAUUUUUGAUGACCAGACAUCUCUAAGGUCACUGAACCUUCAGAAGAACCUCAUCACAUCAGUUGAGAAGAGUGUUUUCGGGCCAGCUUUUCACAACCUGAACAGCUUAGAUAUGAGCUUCAAUCCAUUCGACUGUACAUGUGAAAGCAUUGCCUGGUUUGUUACCUGGCUUAACCAGACCCGCACUAAUAUCCCUGAACUAUCCACUCGUUACCUCUGCAAUACCCCCCAGCGUUACCACGGCCUCCCAGUGAAGCUUUUUGACACAUCAUCCUGUAAAGACAGUGCCCCCUUCCAACUCCUAUUCAUAAUUAACACCAGUACGCUCCUGACUUUUAUAUUUGUGGUACUGCUCAUUCACUUCGAGGGUUGGAGGAUAUCUUUUUACUGGAAUGUUUCAGUUCAUCGAAUUCUUGGUUUCAAGGAAAUAGAUGCACAGGGUGAGCAGUUCGAAUACACGGCGUACGUAAUUCAUGCCCAGAAAGACAGAGACUGGGUCUGGGAGCAUUUCUCCCCAAUGGAAGAACAAGACCAAUCUCUCAAAUUUUGCCUAGAAGAAAGGGACUUCGAAGCAGGGGUCCUUGGACUUGAAGCAAUUGUUAACAGCAUCAAAAGAAGCAGAAAAAUCAUCUUUGUUAUAACGCAUCACCUACUGAAAGACCCGCUGUGCAGAAGAUUCAAGGUGCAUCACGCGGUUCAGCAAGCUAUCGAGCAAAAUCUGGAUUCAAUUAUACUGAUUUUUCUCCAGAAUAUUCCAGAUUACAAACUAAACCAUGCACUCUGCUUGCGAAGAGGAAUGUUUAAAUCUCAUUGCAUCUUGAACUGGCCAAUUCAAAAAGAACGGAUAAACGCCUUUCAUCAUAAACUGCAAGUAGCACUUGGGUCUCGGAAUUCAGCACAUUAAACUUAUUUGAAGAUUUGGAGUUGGUGAAGGGAUAGAUCCAAUUUAUAAAGGUCUGUCAUAAGUCUGAGUUUUACUUGAAAGUUUGUAUCUGUUCAUUUAUGUAUAUAGAUGAUGAUAUUGUAUCACAAUUGAAUCUCGGUUUUGAAACAUUUCUGUGUCUUUCAGGCCUCUUAUUGACAGCUGAUGUAUUUGCUCCAAAUAAAUACAUGGGAUUCCUGAGGUGUAUCACAGCUCCAAAGAGUUUAAAAAUAUUCUUUAUACAAAUAAAGCUAAGAGUUUUAUGAAUUUUUAAAAAUGGAAUCUUCCUGUGUAGCUUAGGCUGGCCUGGAAAUGAAUGUGUUAAAGAGUCUCAUCUUGAACUCACUGAUAUCGACCUGCCUCUGCCUCCAGAGUGGUGCUUUUAAGGGCACAUAGCACGGCACCCAGCUACAUACAUGAGAUUUUACAAUGCUCAUUUUCUGAGACAUUUAUAGAAUAAAAGAUGAUUGUUUUUAUGGUACUUGAAUGGCAACAAGAAUAAAAUAUUUAGAAAGAGAAGUUUUGCCCUUUCAGUUGAAAAGCUUUUUAUUUUACUUUUGGUAUUGGUUUUGAUAGAUGUUGAGUAGCUUUUAAAUCUGCAUACCCAAGAGCAGAAUGGCUUCUCACUCUUCAUAGUGUCACAGGAUGCCAGACCUUAGUAGGCACCCAGACCUAAGCAUAACUGACUCCAUGAUGGAAAUAUUGUUUAGGUCAUAAAUCUCUGAAUAGAGAAGAAAACAAAGACUGAAUCCAUACAAGUCUGUAGUCCAGGAAAGUCUCUAAAUGGACUAACCUUGCCUUUUGUCUUCUGUAGUUCUACAUCUGACUGCUUUGGUUAAGUGAAGUAUGUCAACACAGAUUAUGGUUGUUGUUGUUUUGUUUUUGUGCUUAAAAGCUCAUCCUGUGAGAGGGUUCGGGAUCCCAAACAGCUAAUGUCACCAACUGGCUAUUAAAGACUUCCUAUUAAAGUAAA